AUGCACAGGGCCAGGCAGAGGCCUCACACCCCCUCCUCGUCCUCUUCAGUCAGAACCAAUGGGAAGCGCGCCCCCCCUACCACCCAGCAAACACCACAGCAGCAGACCCCACCUCAGCCUCCGUCGUCGUCCUCAGGCCCCCGCUACCCGCCCCGUGAGGUCCCCCCGCGUUUCCGCCAGCAGGAGCACAAGCAGCUACUGAAGAGGGGCCAGCCACUGCCAGCCGGAGCCCUGAGUAGCCUCACCGUGACCCCUGCCGCCGAUCCGCUCACCCCCGGUGCCCCCUCUUCUUCCUCCUCCGCAGGCAAGCGCCACACAGACCUGCCCUUCCAGAGUGGUCCUGGUGCCCAGUAUGAGAAUCCCCACUGGGGAGCCUUACCACCAGCCACCGACCGCAGCACCACCAGUAGUAGCUGGGAUCAAGUGAUCAUUGACGGGAGCGAUACAGAGGCCUGGCCCUCCAUCAGUCGCAGCAGCGACAGCCGACCAGCGAAUUCUUCAGAAUGUGCCACAGCUGCUGACUGUACAAACCCAGAGACCAGCAGCAACAUGAGCAUAGCCGCGGGGGCUACUAGCCAGCAGGCCCACUACCCCUCUCUCAAAGCUAACGUCACUAACAUGAUGCAGCCUGGCGGUGGCCAGGGAGUUGGAGCCAUCGGCAGCAGGGGCUGGGGCUCCGGAUCAGGCCCCAUCACCAUGGGCCCCACUGAGGGAGCCAAACCUGACGGUCUAGGACCCAACAUGGGUCGGGGUGGAGGAGCAUCCGGUUGGAACUCCCAGCCCAGUUUUAGCCUGAACCUGAACCCCAACGCCAACCCCUCGGCCUGGCCCGUGCUGGGGCAAGAGGGGGCUGGAGGUGGCCCCAACCCCGCCUCACUACCUCCCAACGGCAGCCUGGGCAACGGUAGCCUGGUAGGGGACGAGAACUGCAGCAGCAGCACUUGGGGAGGCAUGAUGAGCCCUGAUGCCCCGUCCUCCAAUAAGAAUGUAUCUUUCAGCAGCAUGGAACAUCCCAACCUUAACACUGAUGGACAAAACAGCCACCACACUAAGCAGCCACUCAGCCCCAUCCACGGGCUGCCCGGCUGGGGAGGCCAGUCCCCUACUGAGUCCUCCCAGCUCAACGGAGACGCAGGGAGCUCCGUCUGGGGCAACGGAGACACCAAGACUUCCGCUGACUCCAAAAACUCAGGCUGGGACUCGGCACCCUCCGGAGGCAUGUCCGGCUGGGGCCACUCUGGCAGCGGAGGAGGCGGUAGUGGCGGUGGAGAAGGAGGCUGGGGAGGAGACUGGGGGAAACCCUCCAGCGGUGGAGGAGAGGGCAAAGGAGGCUGGGAUUCCUCAGAUGGCCCAGCCCAGGACCAGCAGGUAAGCUCCUGGGGCCAGCCAACCCCGGCCCCGACUAGUGAGGGUAGCGGAAGCGGCGGCAGCGAGGGGCGCUCCCACCGCAGGGACAGGACCGGCAGCGAGGACGGAGGCCCCCCUCCCCUGCCUCGGCAGGACCUGGACCCCCGGGUGCUCUGCAACACAGGCUGGGGCCAGACGCCCGUCCGCCAGCACACCUCCUGGGAGAUGGAGGAGCAGCGCGCCGCCAACGAGAGGAAGACCAGCGAGAUGAGGGGUGGUGCUGGAGGGGACACUUGGAAGGGCUCCAGCAGCCCCUCUUCCGGAUCCCCACCGGACCCCCGGAACGGGGGAGCCAACCCCAACCUGGGACCAUCUCAGAGGCCAGGCUCAGGGGGCUCCGGAGGCAAGAGCGAGGGCCCCUCAGGCUGGGGAGGCCCUCCACCCUCAGGCUGGGGGGAGCAGCCUGUCAACAAGGCCCCCAACGGUUCCGUCAGUGGUUGGGGGGAGCCCAUGGCCCAAGGCCACAACACCACAAACAAUGGCCCCAAGAGUGGAGUUCAAUCCUGGGGCGUCCCUGAGGGGAAGUCCUCCCCUACCUGGGACGAAGGGCCAACCAAGACCCAGCAGAACCAGUCCCAGAGCUGGGGAGAGGGUCCCAAGUCCUCCCACGGCUGGGGCUCUGGUCACGGAAGUGGCAGCCGUGGCUCCAAUGGCUCCAACGGCUCCAAUGGAGGAGAGUGGAGAGAACCGGCCGAGGUGAAGAAGAAUGGAUCCUCCAGCCACAUGUGGGAAGGAGAAGGAGGAAAUGGACGAGGAGGAGGGUGGAAGGACAGCCCCAGAGGAGGUGGAGGAGGAAAUGGGGGCGGCUGGGCGUCGAAGCCUGCCCCUGCUGUUGGAGGUGGUGGCUGGGUGGAGACCCAGCAUCCCAACAGCCCAGCACCAGGAUGGGGCUCCAAGCCCCAGGAAAGCCCCAACGGCCCAGCACCAGGAUGGGGCUCCAAGCCCCAGGAAAGCCCCAACGGCCCAGCACCAGGAUGGGGCUCCAAGCCCCAGGAAAGCCCCAACGGCCCAGCACCAGGAUGGGGCUCCAAGCCCCAGGAAAGCCCCAACGGCCCAGCACCAGGAUGGGGCGCCAAGCCCCAGGAAAGCCCCAACGGCCCAGCACCAGGAUGGGGCUCCAAGCCCCAGGAAAACCCCAACGGAAAUAGUGGAGGUGUUGGAACAGGAGGAGGCAGCAUGGGGUCCUGGGGCGGCCCUGCAUCUGUAAGGCAGAGUUCCAACCCCGGCUGGGGCCCGGGGAGCUCCGGAGCCAAACCCGACCCAGCGAUGGAGCCCACCGGCUGGGAGGAACCCUCUCCUCCCUCCAUCCGCCGCAAGAUGGAGAUCGAUGACGGCACGUCCACAUGGGGAGACCCCAGCGCCUACAACAAGACCGUGAAUAUGUGGGACCGCAACAACCCCACUGGAGGUAACGGUAACCAAGGCAACACCCCCACCCAGCCGCCGACCAUUAAGAACAACGGAAGCAUGGCCGUCAACAACAGCCACAACCACUCCUCCGUUCCCCCUAGUAACAACAAUCACCACCACAUGAACCACCACCACCCGCACCACGGACAGCCCCCGCCACACAGCCAGCACCACGGGAACAACAAUGGAUCCGCCAACACCGCCGCCCCACACCAGGGCAGUGGACCCCAGGGCAGACCACCUAUGGCCAACCCAGGCUGGGGGGAGCUGCCCAGUGUCCAGCAGCCCAAGCCAGAAAUGGCAUGGGGGGAACCCGCUGGCCCCUCUCCUGCAGUGGACAACGGCACCUCUGCCUGGGGCAAACCCCCCGGUGUUCCUGGAGGCUGGGGCGAUGGGGGGCACGAGCCCAAUGGACCCUACAGGAGGGGCAACAACGGACCCUCUGGACCUGCACCCUGCAAGCCAGCCCCCAAAUCUAUGCAAGAUGGCUGGGGAGGCGGGAGGGAGGAGGAGAUGGGCAUGUCUUCUGGCCAAUGGGAUGCUGACGCCGGAGACAUGUGGAACAGCCCCGCCUCCCAGGAGAGCAGCACCUCCUGUAACUCGUGGGGCCAGCCGCCCAAGAAGGGCCCGCCCAAGGGCAAGAUGGGUAACCAGCCAGACGAAGCCUGGAUCAUGAACCGUCUCAUCAAGCAGCUCACGGACAUGGGCUUCCCGAGGGAUCCUGCCGAGGAGGCUCUGAAGAGCAACGACAUGAACCUGGACCAGGCCAUGAGCGCUUUGUUGGAGAAGAAGACUGAACUGGACAAGCGGGGCAUGGGCAUGUCGGACUACAACAACGGGAUGAACAAGCCGUUGGGUUGCCGUCCCCAGGUCCUCUCCAAAGACCCCUCGGACCGCAGCCCAUUCCUAGACAAGGACGGUGGUCUGUCAGAUGACGCCCCCCCCUCACCGUUUCUGCCUUCUCCCGUCAGCCUGAAGCUCCCCCUGGUUAACAACCUUCAGCCUGGGCUGGCCCUGGGCGCCCCGGGGCUCAACAUGCAGAACUUGAACAACAGACAGAUGCAGAGUGGAAUGUUGGGCAGCAGUGGAGCAGCACUAUCCCGGGCCAUGCAGCAGCCUCCUCCUCAGCCGUCAGUGCCGCCUCUCGGCUCCUCCCAGCCUAGUCUACGCGCUCAAGUGCCUCAGUUUCUCACCCCUCAGGUUCAAGCACAGCUCUUGCAGUUUGCCGCGAAAAACAUUGGUCUGAACCCUGCACUUUUAACCUCACCAAUAAACCCUCAACAAAUGACCCUGUUGUACCAACUUCAGCAACUGCAAAUGGCGUACCAGCGUUUACAAAUCCAGCAGCAGAUGAUGCAAGCUCAGCGCAACGUCUCGGGCCCCAUCAGACAACAAGAGCAGCAAGUUGCACGUACAAUCAAUAACAUGCAGCAGCAGAUCCAACAGCACCAGCGUCAGCUGUACCAGGCCCUGCUGAUGAAGCAGCAGCCCCCCGGCUCCCACUCCGGCCUGCACCCCGGCCAAGGCAAAUCAGCCCUGGACUCGUUCCCAGGCCACCCCCAGGCACCGGGCCUCUCCGACCUGCACACCAAAGAGCCGCAGUCUUCUCCCAACUCCUACAGCCCCUACCCCCUCUCUGGACUCAAUCCAAACAUGAAUGUAAACUGCAUGGAGGUGGGGGGCCUGUCCAUGAAGGAGCCUCCCCAGCCCCAGUCCCGUCUGUCCCAGUGGACCCACGCCAACUCCAUGGACAGCCUCUCUGGAAACUCCUCUCACAUGGAGCCCAACCUCAAUAAGCACGGUGCCAUAUCUGCUGCUUCUAACCUGGGCCCCGGAAAGCCCCCCCACAUGGAUGAUUCCUACAGCCCAUACAGUAUGAUGGGUGGGUCUGAGUCUCCCACCUCCCCCCUGGUUCCCCCUGACAGCUGGGGCCAGGGACCAGGGAAGAGCCCCAAGGAUCAGAUCACCAAUGGAACGAAUAUCAACUGGCCCCCAGAGUUCUGUCCUGGCGUGCCCUGGAAGGGCCUGCAGAACAUUGACCCCGAGAACGACCCCAACAUGACUCCAGGAAGCGUUCCCAGUGGCCCCACCAUCAACACCAACAUCCAGGACGUCAACCGCUACCUGCUCCGGGACCGCAGCGGAGGUAAGCUAUCUGACAUGAAGUCCGCCUGGUCCCCGGGGCCCAUCUCCCACCCCUCCCAGGCCUCUCUAUCCCACGAGCUGUGGAAGGUCCCCCAGGGGCCCCGUAACAACACAGCCCCUUCAAGGCCACCUCCCGGCCUCACCAACCCAGCCAAGCCCUCAUCCACCUGGGGGGGAAACUCCCUGGGCCUGGCCCAAGGCUGGAGCAGCUCGUACACCUCAGAGUGCACCACCUGGAGCACAGACAGCUCCAACAGGACCAGUAGCUGGCUGGUACUGAGGAACCUCACCCCCCAGAUAGACGGCUCCACCCUGCGGACGCUGUGCAUGCAGCACGGCCCCCUCAUCACAUUCCACCUCUUCCUGACCCAGGGAAACGCUGUGGUGCGAUACAGCUCCAAGGAGGAGGCUGCCAAGGCCCAGAAGUCUCUGCACAUGUGUGUGCUGGGGAACACCACCAUCCUGGCAGAGUUUGCUGGGGAGGAGGAGGUGAACCGCUACUUUGCACAAGGCCAGCAGCAGCUCCCGCCCACCACCAGCUGGCAGCCCAACCCCGGCACCAAUCAGACGCGCAUGGGAGGAGGCGGAGGUUCGCAGCAGCACGCUAUUGGCCAUCACUGGAGCAGCGGCGGUGGAGGCCUGGGUGGAGGAGCCAAGACGGGCGGAGGCGGAGACCUCCUGUGGGGGGGCGUGCCCCAGUACUCCAGCCUGUGGGGGCCCCCUAGUAGCGAUGACAGUCGCGGCGUCAUCGGGAGCCCCAACCCCAUUAACACGCUGUUGCCAGGCGACCUGCUGAGUGGAGAGUCCAUGUAGGACAACACACUAACAAACCAACCAUGAGGAUGGAUGUUUCAAUGCUGGAACAGACAGUGGAAAAAUAAUAAUAAAUACACACAAAAAAAUGACAAUGAACAGGAGCAAAACCAAGCAAAUCAUGUGGCGAUAAUCAGUAUCAACGGAACUGUGAAUCGUGUACCGGAAGGCUGGGGGCGACGACACAAGACCCCUACACCCUUCGGUUUUUACGUUUUCUUCUUUUUAGUUGUCUUUUUAAAAGGGGAUUUUGUUUUUAGUAUUUGAUAAAUUGUUGGAAGCAAACAAAAAUGAAAUGUCAAAGACUCAAUGAAGAGAGAACCGUUAAGUGUUUUUAAGUUUCCAUGAAUAUCGCACAUUCUGUGUGAAGUGUUUUUAAGGAGAAGCAAUCGAAAAAGCUGCCAUUUUGAAUCUUUCCUUUACCCACAAAACUCCAAAUUGAUUUAAAAAAAAUACCAUUCCCAGCAUGCCCGUGGCUAAUGAUGUGGUUCAAAGACCUUUUACUUAUGUGAUUUUUUUUUGUUUCCAAGCACUAAUAUUCGCCUUAAGUGCUCUACUGCGGCCCAGGUCCUCCUUCAAUCUCAAGCCUUUUUCAUUGUUUUGAAACUGAAGGAAAAUUGUAUGAGUUUAAAAGCUUGCACAGUUCCCAUCCGAGCCAGUGAAUGGAUCAGAACGUGUGAUCAACCAAGGUCGUAUUCACAAUGAAUGAAACGGAAGCAAGCGGACCGAAACUGAGGCACUACCUGAACUUUGUCCAACAAGAAAAGCUUGUUUUCGCAUGCUGUUGCAAAACAUUUUGCCACGUGUGCACUAAUCAAUACGACCCCCCCCAAGUCACUCGGCAGUAUGAGGCCUGUCAACACUGACCCAACCAAUCAUCAGUUAAAACCUUUUCCGUUUUUUCGUCAUUCAUUUGUUCUUAAAGGGAUUUACACUGCUGUUUUUUGUUCUUUUUGUAUAUCUAGGCGCAUUUUUAUAAUAUCUAUCGCAACAUAAACUGAGAUUAUUACACAUCGACCGACCUAGCUGCGUCUGUUUUGUGUGUGUACUUGAGUAUAUGUCUGAUGGAACCUAAUCAUUCACGUCUGGGAAUUCAGAUUACCACUGCUCAGAACUACGACUUCAGCUAUAUUCACCUAACAGGACUUACAGGUGCUUCUUGUCAAUUAACAUCAGUUGAUUCCGUUGUUGACCCCCUCGUCCCCAUUAUGGUCCACCAAUUUCUGGAAACGACGACAAAAAAACGCUUCAACUUGAUGUGACAGUUACAUUGUGCAAUAUAUACGCCACAGACCCUUCUUCCGUCCACACUCAAGUCAAAGCAGGAGCUGGUUUCUUUACAUUUUUCGUUCUUGAUUUGUAUUGUCGUUGUUGAUCAAAGCAAAGAACUUAAGAACUACAGAAACGUUACCUUUUCUCAUUUUUGAUUCCCACCAGGCCCCACUUCCUAAGAAACUGUUGCGUUAAGUCUUGCGGUGAGGAGGAGCGAGGAUGGUGUUACUAUUAUAACUGUACGUUCAGAAACGGUCCCUGCAGCCCUGAAACUCCUCAUUGAACUGGGGUACAUGAGAAAGCCCUUCCUCUCCGCGUUGCCACACCGAACAGGGUGAAUCCAGAUGGGGGAGUCACUGGAGGGGCACAAUACCAAAUAAGAGGGGUUUCUCCUAAUGCAGUAGAUCUACUACGAGUGUUCCUUGUAUUUGGUACUGUACAAAAAUGUAAGAGAGACUAACCUUUUGUCUAUAUCAAAGGGUUUUAUCAUAGCACUUAUGAAGAAAGCUAAACGCUUCAACUUGCAAACCAAUAAAUCAGACAUGGAGCAGCAACUUUGAAAACUGAAAAAAAAGACAAAGAACUUGCUCUUUUUGUACUGUAUCUAUACUUGGAAAUAACUUCUGGUAUUUGUUUGUUCCUCUUUGGUCCAAGAACUUGUAUGAACUUUGAAAUGGUAGCAGGAUGAGGAGAGAAAAAAAAUGGAAAUCUACUUUUAUCUGAUUUUUUUUUUUUUUUCUAAAGACAUUUUCUUUUUACUAUAUCAAAGUGAAUAUCACUGUUACUCCAAAAUGUUUAGCCUUUUUCUUGUCUGGAGAUGCUAGACAUGCAAUGUUACCUGUCUCCGGCCAACGGUUGGUCGGAGUGGGGAGGGGGAUGGUCACGGUCCACUGAGUGCCUCUCUGCUGUGGUGCCCAUGGCGACGGUCGCUAGGCAAGGCUACCCCCCCACAGCAGCAUUUCCUCCUGGGCUUGCACCAAGCUCUCUCAUUGGACACCCUCAGCCCAGCAGGGAACCACGCUCCCUCCAAGACUGGCUAAUCAGCACAGAGCUAGCUAACGACUGCGCCAGCAGCACUCGACCUUGUCUCAACCAACCCUCUUCAUUUCCCCUAAUCUUCUUUCACACAAAGAUCACUUUAGCUGGAAGUCAAGAGACAGUCAAAUUUCUGGAAUUUUGCCAGUGUUUGAUGCAUUUUAUUUAGUUUUCAUUUGACGACGUGUAUGUUUUGGUUUAUUUUUGUCUACGUGCAGUGGUCUUUUCAAGGUGGCUGCUUGAAACUAGCCCUUUUCACUGUUCAUAUGCAGAAACACUUUGGUCAGAGGUGCCUCUGUAUGUUCAUCCUGUGUAUUGAAUGCAAACGAGGAUCAAUACUACAGCCAGUCAUUGAUUGUCUAUUAUUAGUUAGUAUCUUAACUGAUUGAUUGAUCAUUGCUUUGUUUUGGACAGUAUGCUGUAGUACUUCCAGGUAGUAUCUCAAGAUGUGUAAGUUAGACCAAUAGGGUGUCUCAGAUGGGUGAGUGUGUCCUGCCUGACCCUAGCUGCUCCACCUGGGUUCUGCCAGGGCUGUCCCCUCGCCCCCUCACACAGCUGCUACGCUACACCCUCCUCCAGUCCCCUCCAAAGCAACCAUGGCCCUCCCCUUGACCAGACAUAAAAAGCGACUCAGUUCUGUUUCUAUGCAAAAGACUAGAGGCUGCGGACCCUUUACAGCCAACGUGCCAAUCCUGCCCUAAAGAUUGAGCACCGACUCGGAGCUAGAACCAACGACCUCCUGAUGUAUGUACCCUUCAGCACUUAGAACAUGUCUGCUCUUGGUCCUUAUAGCUGGGUUUAAACCACAACACUGUCGUAUUCCAAACUUCCACCCUCUAUGGGGAGUUAGUACCACUGGAGUGGAGGUAUAGUAGGCCUCUCUUUACUGUGCUGAAGAAGACUGAUCUCAGCUUGAUCUCAGGGUAGGAGACGACGUUAAAAGAUGCAGCUCUCUCUGUAUGUAUAUCCUUUUGCUGUAGUGUAAGAGAGCCGAGUUCUACACUAACUAAUGACAAGCUGUGCAGUAGUAGUACUAUAGACUUGUAUUGGCUGGAUAAUUGUUUUUUUGGGAAUGGAAUAGUAAUGAAUUCCCUUCCCAAAUAUGGGCCUACUGUAAUGUUACAAUGUAGAGGCCAAUGUUAUCCUAUGUGCCAAUACCAAAAAAUAUAUAGAUCUAUAAAACUAGCCCAUGUUAUAUGAUCUGGAGAAAGAGCUCUUCUCUCUGGAUGGAGGAUCUUUGAUAACCUUUGUGGUGGAGAAUCUUUGAUAAUCUUUGUGAUGGAGGCAGGGGGGCAGGAGGGAUUAAACAGAUGGGUGGGGGCAACACACCUCAUCCUGAACUCCUGAGAUAAUAUGGCUGUGUCUCAAAUGGCACCCUGUUCACUCGGUAGUGCAUUAUAUAGGGACAUAGGGUGCCAUUUAGGCAUUCUUUGCUUUAGUGGGGAAUGCCCCGUUGUUGAGGAUAAAAUCUUUACUGAGUUUGCGGGAUCCAAGUAUGCUACGGUGCACAGUCAGUUUGACGGGUAAUCCCGGGUACAUAUUUUUUUUAAACCAAAAAUGAAAAUCUUUAAUUUUAAUGUCAUUUUUAAUAUGAAGUUUGACACAAAAUCUUUUAAAAAAACAUAUUUUUUUUUUAAGUACAAAAAUCAAUAAUAUCUAUAAUAUGUUAACUAAAGCUCUGCACUUCUAGCUGAAAUGUCUCCAGUCCUCUAGCUUCCAGAAUGCAGGUUGGGGAGCCUUUUUGUGGAUGCUAUAUUUUAUCUUAUUUGUUAGUGUUUCCGCCCAAAGCGGGCCCACAACUGUAUAUUUCCACAGACCCAGAUGGCUUCGGGCCCACUGUAUCAGCCCAGGUCGCUCGCCUCACUGUGUCUGCGGUGGGCAACGAGAGAGAGGGGGCGCAUUUCAAAAAGGUACAAAAAUUCUUAAAACUAAAAUGGGGUAAGGCUACCUUUUGGGACUCUGAGGUGUCCUGCAGCACACUAGCAAAAAUCACUAUUGCCUGUUUCUGUAACUGCCUUGAUCCAAACUCAGAGACCAAUUAGCCGGGUGGGGGCCUCCAAACGUCCGCUCUGUGUGUGGUGCUGCACCAGCAUUGAGGGGCACGCCGUGCACUCUCUACAGCUUAACUAUAGAUAGAUAGAUAGAUUGUGUGUAUAUACACAUAUGGAUAUGUACGUAUGGUGUGUGGUAGGUAGCACAUCAACAGACACCUUGGAUCUCAACCUCCUAAAACCUUUUGUUCCUUUUAGGUCUGGGUUCAAUACAAACUGAAAAUGAGCAAUAUUUAUUCCCCUCUGGAAAUAAGUGAUCUGAAGGAAAUGAAAUGGGGUUAGGGGUUAAACUGGUACUUGAUGGAUCAUGAGUAAUGUCUUUCCUACCUGGAGUUGGAUAUGCAUGUUCUGGAUUUAUGAACAUAUUACAGUAAGUACCUUGAAGUACUUGUACUGUAUGUGAAUUUGUCUAAACAACCCAACCUGAAAUCACCUGUUUUUUAAAUGUAUACUUUCCCAGCAGAGAAAAAUAUCAUUAAACAUAUCAACACAAAAAUACACAAAUACUUGAAUCAAGGAGCGCCAAUAACGUAAUGUGAAGUCUUUUGUAAAAAAAAAAAAAAAAAAAAAAAAUACACACAAAAAAUAAAAGUCUGACUUGUACACUUCCAAGCUUUUUGAGGUCAUCAGUUAAAAAAAUAUAUAUAAAAAAUGAUUUAAAAAAUAUUGGACAAAAAAAAUGUGCAAAAAUAAUUUUGUGUGCUUGAAAGUCAAAUGUAUGUGUGCAAACGACUGUGUGCUUGGCAGGCUUAGGACUGCUGUCAUGUUCCAUUCAGUAUGUUGUGUAUUGACAUUGUUGUCUGUCCUUUUAUUCAGUUUAUUUUUUUGCUUGUCAACUAUAUUUUGAUAAUGUCUAUCUUCUAACAUGGCACUGAGUGUCUUCUACCCCUCACUCAGCUAAUCGUAGACAAACGAGACUAAGUACUGAGGGGAGAGGGUGAUAAUUCAUGUGUAAAUGUUUACUCAAGGACUUAAUGGGGGAAAAUAAGUUUUUGUUUUAUCUGUAAAAUGUUUAUCUACCUUAUAGUGGCUUUUUAUUGUGGAAUAAUCCAAAACAAGGAUUAUCAUUGAGUAUUGCACCAUUUUGUUCUGAUUACAUACAAAUGUAAUGAAAAAAAGACUACAAAAAAAUGAACAAUCUAAGAUUUGUGGCCAUAGAUGGUAGGACUAGUAAUCCCCAUGUUAACUUCAUGGAGAAAUGGAAAGGGAUAAUGUGAGUUUGUUACAGGACUCAUUUCAGAGGUGCCUAUUUUUAUUUUAUUUUUUAAUUAUUAUUUUUUGCAAAGCCACCUGUCGUUUACAAACAUUUCAUUUGUCUGAAGUUGAGGAAAAUGAAUUUUAUAAUGAAAAUGUUGAAAAAGACAAUUUCCAUCUUCCAUCAAAUGAAUAUGAACAUUAAACCAACUUUGCAAAAUUAAGAUUUAUGCUACUUUCAGAACUCUGGGAUUGAUCAGUGUUGUCGUAUUUCAAUUUUUCUUUUUCUUUUUUUCUUUUAUGUCGACAGACGUAUGUAUUGAUUUAUUUGAAUUUUGUCUUGUAAAAAGGCAACGCAAUCUGCUUACUAUCUUGCACACUCGUAAAGAUGUGGAUCUUGUCUCGGGAAGGCCAGGAUUUCCAGAGUUCAAACUCCACCAUUUUUAUUUACAUUUGAGAGUUUUAAAUUAGAAUAACUUUGAGAAAUCUAACUCCAAGCACUGAAAGUUAGGGAUUUAAAUAGAAUAUGAAAUACCAUUGAUUCUAAAAAUCCGUAGCGGUUACAUAUUUACCAAAUAAAUGACUGAAAAUGAACUUUUUGAGAGAGAAAAAGUGGAGUGCUUUACAUGUAAAAUCGAUGUAGAAAUUGCUUUACAUUGAAACAAAAAUUAUCAA